AUGUCCGUUAUAUUGUAUACUGAAACCAAACACCUCAAAAUAAUAAUUUCCCCAGCCAAAGAGGAGGAUGAGGUACCUUAUUACACCGGCAGGAAAGAUUUGGCAGAUAUAGAAGAUGCAACAGUAGACACUGAAGACAAUGAAAAGACUUUGAUCAAAAGGUAUGGGUUUUUCUGCAACGACUCAGUUUUUUGCUUUCCCAUGUUUUUUUUUUCUCAUGGAUGCACAGACCAUUGUAAAAAGCAGGGUUGGAGUUGCUAGGAGGUGUUAACUAAUGGCAACUUUUGACAACGUGCUCUGACUAAAGAACAACCCUCCGGACCUCUUUAUAAAUGACAGUUACUUUCUUUUAAUUUAUUUUCUAUUUAAUCUUUAGUUAAUAAAGUUCAUGCUUAAUAACUGUAAUGCUAUUAAAAAUUUAUUACAUUCGUGCUCAAAUCACUGAUGAUCCUUACAAUCUGAUUGGUUCUCAUUGGCACGAUUUAUUGAUAAAAUGCACCAUUUUUUGCUCUAAAGUGCAUCGAUUCCCAGCUAAUGAGAAAGCUCCACGAAAAUACAGCAACAAAUCAGAUUUAACCGAUUGUUUUAGGAAAUCAAUCAAAUUGCAGAAAAAAGAGAAAAACAACUUUUACAACAUUUUACACACCAGCUCAGUACUGGAUAAAUAACAUACAUGUAUUUGUACCGGCUUUAAAAAAAUCUUUAUUCAUUUAGCAACUGAAUUUUGCAAAUUUAAAAUAAAUGUAAUGAAGUGGUAAUUGAACUUUUGCCAUGCACUUUUGGUCUGAAAUCAUACUGGUGAUUUCAAGUCUAAUGCUGCUGCACAAUCCUUUGAUUCAGAUGUCACACGUAUGAUUUCAGAACAAAGUUUACUCCACUUAGUUCAAUUAUCAUGUUCUACAGGUAUUCAGGUAUUUUUUUUCAGUGUUUCCAUCAAUAAAGGGGUACUUAAUUAUUAUCAAAAAUGAUAGUGAAUCAUUUUAAUAAGUUUUUUGAUUUAUGAUUAUAACUUGAGGCUAUUUGAGUCAAAGAAAAGCAAAUUAAUGGAAAAGAAAAGAAAAAUAACAUUUAUUAGAUUUAGUUUUGAAAUUAAGUGUCAAUAUCUGAAUGAGUUUUUCAAACUGCCAGUUUGCCACUUGCAUUUUAAAUGCUUUGUCAUUGCUUAUUCCACUUGGGAAAAAUAUCUUAAAAUGCUGGAUAAUUAAUUUCCUUUGUAUUUCAGAGGGAAAAUCGGAGGUAAGGAAGACUCAUGGCACCUGAGGGAAGCUGGUGCCUCUAUCAAACUUUGCAGUGGAGCUGUACAACAACCUGUGCCAUUUACAUGUAGAUGCUUAUUGUGGAACCCCAGGACCCUCUCCCCCUCCACUGCCAGUGAUGAGAUAUUGGUUAGCAGUGUUAUUGAAAUAUCUCAUGAUGGCCCACCAGAUCUGGAUUACAAGAAAAGUUUUGAAGGAAUAAGUUUUACUGUAUCUUUGAUGCACAGUGCCCCAUAUUUGGAGGGGUAUGAGGUGGUUAUCAAGCAACUGACUGACCAAGAGAACAAUGAAUGGAAAGAACUAAAGACAGAGAAUACUUGGCAUGGAUCAGGUAACGUUAUGUUUUUAUUAAAUACAGGUGUGAAUAACUUAAUGAAUAAUUAUGAUAUUCCUAGGCUCCCUUUUUCACUGGCAUCAAUGUCAGCAUUUGAGAAAUGUGCAGCUGCCCCUCUCCUAACCCAAAAUUAAACCUAACUUGUAACCCGAACUUAUCAGUUGACUUAAGGGAGAAGGAGUAAGUGUGCACUGACUUAGAUGCGGAUAUCUAUCUCUGCAAUGCAUGACCUGCUGCACUCAUGAUGUCAAAGUAGACUUCUUGCUUCUUCAAAUUUCAAAUCCAACUUUAGAACUUUUUUUUUCGUUUACACUUUAGGUGUAUCCAAACAGUACGUGUAAUUAUUGCAUAAAUGUUACAUGAAGUCUCCAAUGCAUUUUAAUCACUAUAAAAUAAAUUUUCCUCCAUAACCAUUUUGUUGCAAACUUUAUUCUUUGAAGCAUAAAUAUCAUAACGACAUCUGUAGGGGGUAACUUUGUUGUUUGAAGACUUCAAAACACAGCUGAAGGAUGCAUUUCCAAUCAUUUAUUUUUAUAUGCAGAAACGUCAACAGUUCCCAAGUGGCUUUUCCCAUUUGCACAAGCUGUUUGUACAAAAUCAGCAGUUUCUUCAUUUGCUGCAGUCUGGCGUCCUAAGUCUUUCACCUUUUCAAGAAGUACUACAGUAGGUCCGGAAUUGACCUGUAUCGUGCCUGACUUUCCUGAUGUCAGUGUUCAAAUUCCUCAGAGUUGUGUUCCUGUUAAUCAAGAUUUCUGUGUGACAAUCCAGGUAUAUGAAACUGUAUAAUUAUAUACAUGGAUGAAUAAAACCUUUUCAGUUAUGAAAGUAACAUAUUAGAUUGGUGUAAGGGGAUUGUCAAAAGCAAGGAGAUGAAAUAAAGAUGCUAUAAGAUUACAGCCUGUACCUUCAGUUAUUUCCAUAGACGUGGCGGCAAUAUUGAUGGAGAGAUAUCAAUUAACAACUUUGAGCUAGAUACAGGAGAACUGUGCAUGUGUUUACAUGUGUGUAAAGAUACAUACAUGUAGUAAUGUUCUAAUCAGUAGUUUUGGAAACUAUGAAUUAUUCAUGGUACUUACUGUGCCCGAAUGUACUCAUGAAUCCUAGCAAUCCCCUUUUUAAAAACUGGAUUUUGGAAAACUCACUUUAAGAAACAGAACAUUUGCUUUUGUUUCGCUUUAAUAUAAACUUCAAGUUCAGAUCAUUCCUGUCAGUUGAAUUGGUUAUGUGUUUUGUACUGGUUUGCAAUUAAUGCAAUUAGUGGAUGAAGUUGAGCAUGAAAUCAUGCAUUAUCAAAACUAAAGUUUGAGUUAUCUGCCAAAGCUGAAGAUCACGCAGACAUAAGGUUUGAUAGAAGAAGACACCUCCCAAAUUUUCAAACGUUUAAGAACUCUACACAGACAGAGGGCGUUGGAAACUAAGCAGGGGUUCAACUCAACAUGAUAACUGCAAUAUCUGCUGCAGAUAUUAGGUUAUCAUGUUAACUUUACGCAUUAUUGUUUUUUUUUUUUUUUAUAGAAAGUUCAGUGUAGAGUUUUUUUUUUAAUAGUGCUUAUGUUAAUGCUACAUUGAACUUUAAGAGGACAUUUACAUUAUAUACUAUUAUUAGAUAAUCAAAUUUCAUCUUGAAAUUCACUUUUCACUUCGUAAAGGAUGCAAAUGAACUUUAUGCUGGGAGUAGUUUAACAUGUCCAACAUAACCUGUUUUGCUUUUGAAUCAAGGUACAAGAAUUUCCAAGCAGUGAGCUAAAAGGAGAGGAAGGACUUGUCGGUCCAGUUCUUUACAUUUCAAGCUCUCAAAAUGUUACUCUCAUCGCGCCUGUAACAAUAAGGAUUCCUCUCACCCUCCAUGAAGGAAACCAAGAGUUGGCAGAGUUAUGUCCUGGUGAACUUAGGAUAUUACACUGUGAGUCUCUUGUUGAACCACAUGACUGGAAAGACAUCACAGAUCGACUGGAUGAACCGCCAUGUCUUCUAGAUGGGAAAGUGCAAUUCAAGGUCAGGCAUUUCUCUAGGUAAGUAUUUCUCUUCGGCUUUAUUUGAAAAAUAGUGCGCAAGGAAAUUUAACAGUAUUUUAGUUUACAGUCAUACAUGCAUCUAUUUAUUUUAGUGAAAUAUAAAUUUAACAAUUUAAAUGAUCACUCCAGUAUGUAGAUUCAAGGUUACUGUGCCAUGGAUAAUCAUUUCCGUUGGAGUGCUUGAGCUGUAUUUGGUUUUUUUUUUCGAUAGAUUCCGUCCAGUUAAGUUGAGGAGAUCACGUUUACAAUCUGCUUCAGGCUUCAAUGAGUUUGUAAGAAAACUUUGCAGUAGGUCUAGGCCUCAGCAUGCCCGAUUUUUACGUGCUUGUGUGAGACCCGUGUACGUGGACAUUUUGGACUCAAACUUUUCUGCUAUCCACAAAACUGCAACAUGAUGUAAACCAGCAAAUAUCAAGGUGUAUCGUGCCCUACAUAGGCGAAGGCAGCUCUUGCGAACCAGUCUGUGAAGAGGAGAAAAUUUUGGUAUCUCUUUCUCAGGCAAUCAUACCCCAAGGCACAGACCAGAAAAAUGCCUUACAAUUUGUGAGGUAUUAUAACUAUCAUAGAAUUUAUUUUUGGCCCAUCAAGUACAAAGGAUUUCACGGAAUACUUCUAGAUACAGUCAUGCUAGUUUUACAUAGAAGUGAUCUAUUCUGUCCACUGCAAAAUUAUACAUUGUUCAAUUUUCAGUAACUAUGUUUCGCUAUGGUUUUUCUAGGUUUCUUAUCAAUCAAUAGGGCCAUGGAGGUAUACAUGUAGGUUUUGUUUUGACGUGAUUGUCUUCAAAUGCUCGUUUUCAAAGAUCCGGGAGGGCUCUCGCCAAAUAUGCAGUCAUUUUCGGUUGUAAGAAAAUAUUUAAAAGCGCGUGCUUUUCUAGAAAAAGACGAGGCUGGUGUAGUGUAUGUUGGGUUUGUCCCAUUUAGAUUCAUUUAAUUUCAUUUUUAACAGAUUCCGCGAGAACGAAGUUUAUGAUAUAGGUGGCGAGGUUUGCUUAGGAAGUGAGGGUGUUCCAGGAGUGAAGUUUUACAACCAAAGUCAGGAACUUUUGUGCAACGUGACCAUAGUAUUAGCAUCUCAAGUAGGUUAUAUUUUUACAGUUUGUGGAUUUGCCACUUAAAUGCACUUUUAGCCCAGAACUAAUAUAUUACUGAUGCCAACCUUACUAUAGUAUAUGACAGUGAACUAAAAGGAUUAGUAACGCUGUAACCACAGGUAACCCAAGCCCCAAGUGUAAAAUGGUCAUCAUGCGAAAUAAGAGUCAUGGCGAAAAUAUGAGUGUGUAUGGGAAUAAUAACAACCCCUCUUGGGAAGUAAAACCACCGUCAAAUUCUCAAUAAAAAUAUCUCACCUUACUUUCAAAGUGCAUUGCUUGUUGUCUCACCGCUUACUAUGUUGAAAAGAAGCCAUUUUAGCGAGUAAUUCAUUUCUAGGUUUCCUACUCCUGAGAGUGGUUUAUUUUCCAGAGACACUAAGUUGGCAGCAUGAGUUCUUGAUACACUGAUAUAAAUGUUUACACUUCCCGUAAACAUUAUUGUUUGCUAAUGUUUCUUAUACGCUAAAUAUGAAAUUUAACAUGACUGGGAUAAGCUUUGCUGUAUUCAUUUCACCAAAACAAAUCCAGCAAAUACUUAUCAAAAUAAAGCAGCCGGUCCUUUAAUCAAGUUCUUUUUUGUAAUACCAGUGGUAAUCUGGAAAGAGAGAGGUAUCUUCUUGAAAACCGUUUUUUUUUGGGGUUAAAUAAGCGCUGAGUCGAUAAUAGUCUUGCAAAUUUCGUCAUCAAAAGGUUUCCGAGGAAGAUAAUGAGGUCAUUUUAAGGCGGCAAGAACCUUAUUGAGGACAAAUCACUGGAAACAAAAUACUGAUGAAUGUCGUAUAGGGAAAGAAAUGUCCUGCCCAUAGGAAACAGUACAUGAACAUGUAGGACCUUGCAAGUUUUUGAUUUAAGUCUCUUAAUAUGCCUCUGCUUUCUUCUCUUUUUUUUUUUUUUUUUUUUUUUUUUCUUAUUAUUUAGCAAUUGUCCUAAUUUCCUCAUUUCUAUUCUCUUCAUGCGCAUCCGUAAUAUUGCGAAUUUUCCCUCCUACACUUAGGUUCCUGUUUCUGUCACCUUUGAUCAUGAAGAAGGAAGCGGUAAGGUGCUGUUUUUGUUGUUGGUUUCGUUGUUGUUCGAAUAAAUACAAUAAUUAUUUAUUAGAUCAAUCACCUUCGUUCGAAAAAUAUGCAAACUCAGAAAUGCAGGCCUUGCGGGUUUUGAAAAUUUAGCAUUUAGUGACAAAGCAACGUGUUCUCAACGGAAAGUCAUAAUAACCUGCCUUACUUCAUGUGUUAAUUAAUCGAAACAUGAUUCCAUCAUACUCGAGGGUGAUGGCCUAUUGUCUGUUUCGUAGCAAUAAACUCGAUGCAGGCCUUCACAGUAUGUGUGUCCUUCCUUGUAAGGCAUUUGAUACUGGAAACGAGUGAAGCGCAAACAGCUUGGGAAAGACACAAAAAUGUAAUUCUCUAAAAUAUUACUCGAUUGGUUAUAUCGUUAAAAUAAUAGAGUAACUCUAAAGUAAGAAAUCCUUCGCAAACUACUAUUGCUUGACUCGACUGUCUCCUUAUAACAGCCCCCUUUGUCAAAUUUGUCAAUGCUCAUUGUUACUUAGAGGAGAAAUUGACAAAACUUACGAGUAUAAUUCGUGAAGGUUGGGUGUUACCCGGACGAUCACAGUCCAGGAUCACCACACCAUCGUUUUGGAACCAUACGCGCCAUAACACUUGCGUUCGCUUUCAACCCAGCCAUCUCAUUAACCCCAUUAUUGUGUUGGUAUUUCAGCCCCAAGAGUGAAACAUUCAAUUGUAAAGCCUUCAAAUUUGGAGUCAUCAUCAUGCAGCCCAGUUGCAACCCCUAGGAAAAGGAAACGGCAAUCUGCAGGUAGUACCGAGAUUAAAAAGGUUGCGAUGGAUUAUCCUUUUAUUGUAUAUUCAUCAGGUUUACAUAUUGUUGUUACACGUUUAUCUAUGGUGAAAUUUGUUUAUACCGAAAGACUGGCAUUACACUAUUUACACCUUGUUAUAAUGUGAAUAUUAUAAAAAAAAUAAUGAAUUAAAACAGGGCGCUAUAACUAAUCCAACACCCGUGUAUCGCGACCAACUAUCACCUAUUCCAGCAUUAACGGCUGGAGACUAGCUAAGAGACAUUGUUAAUGACCUCCAUUUUGUAUAUAUUUGUGGGGCCAUACACCAUAACACUCGCGUCAUUCAUAAACCCAGCCAUCUCAUUAACUUCAUUAUUAUGCAGGUAUUUCCGCCCAAAGGGUGAAACAUUCAACUGUAAAAUAUUCAAAUGUAGAAUCAUCACCAUGCAGCCUUGUUGCGGCUCCUAGGAAGAGGAAACGGCAAUCUGCAGGUAGUGCCGAGAUUUAAAAGGUUGCGAUGGAUUAUCCUUUUUAUUGUGUAUUUAUAAGGUUUACAUAUUGUUGUUACACGUUUAUCUAUGGUGAAAUUUGUUCAUGCAGAAGGAAAAAGAUACGCCAAUCAGUAGGUAGUACCGAGGUCGAAAAUGUUUUGAUGGAUUUUCCUUUUUAUUGUAUUUUUAUCAAGUUUGCAUGUUGUUGUUACACGUUUAUCUGUAAGAAAUUUUUUUUAUGCAGAAAGACUGUUAUUAUAUUUAUUAGACAUCCUUUAUACCUUUAGCUAUAAUGCGAAGAGAAUAAAAAAAUAAGGAAUUAAAACUAGGUGCUCUCACUAAUCCAACACCCGUGUAUCAUGAACAACUAUCACCUAUUCCAGCAUUAGCGGCUGGAGAUUAGCUAGGAGACAUUGUUAAUGACUUCCAUUUUCUAGAUGAUUGUCAGGCCAUAAGCCGUAACACUUGCGCUAGUUCUCAACCCAGAAAUCUCAUUAACUCCAUUAUUAUGCAGGUAUUUCCGCUCAAAGUGUGGAACAUUCAACUGUAAAGAAUUCAAAUGUAAAAUUAUCGUCAUGCAGCCUUGUUGCAGCUCCUAAGAAGAGGAAACGGGAUUCUGCAGGUAGUAGACAGAUUGAAAAUGUUGCGAUGGAUUAUCCUUUUUUAUUGUAGUUUUAUCAAGUUUUCAUACUGCUGUUACACGUUUGUCUACGAUAAGAAUUUGGUUAUGCAGAAAGACUAGCAUUUUAUUUAUUAGACAUCCUUUACACCUCGUUAUAAUGCGAAUAAUUAUUUUAAAAAUAAGGAAUUUAAACUGGGCGCUAUCUCAAAUCCAACACCCGUGUAUCUUGAAGAACUAUCACCUAGAGAGCUGGAGACUAGCUACUCGGAGACGUUGUUAAUGACCUCCAUCUUCUAUAUGUUUGUCGGGCCAUACGCCAGAACACUUGUGUUACUAAGUUCUCAACCCAACCAUCUCAUUAACUCCAUUAUUAUGCAGGUAUUUCCGCCCAAAGAGUGAAAAAAAAAAUUCAAUUGUAAAGUAUUCAAAUGUAGAAUCAUCGUCAUGCAGCCCUGUUGCGGCUCCUAAGAAGAAGAUACGCCAAUCUGCAGGUAGUACCGAGAUUGAAAAUGUUGCGAUGCAUUUUCCUCUUCAAUGUAUUUUUGUCAAGUUUGCAUAUUGCUGCGCAGGCGGUCCAAGCUCCAGCUGUGAGAUGAUCAUCUUGCGCAAUAACGGUCAUGGCGGAAUUAUAAGAGAUUGUAUGGGAAUAUUUACGACCGCUCUAAGGAAUAAAAAAAAAAAUUCGUCAAAUUCUCAAAAAAAAUACCCCACCUUACUUCCACAGCGUAUUGCUUGUUAUCUGUCCGCUUACUUGGAUGAAAAGGACGCAUUUUAGCGAGUUGUCCAUUUCGAGGUUUUCAACGUACAUAACUUGAGAAAACCCAAGGCUAAACACUCCAUUUCCGAACGCCCGAUCAGAGAAGCGUAAAAUUCCAACUUUACUGUAUAUACUGUACUGUAUAUAAUGUAGUUUCAUUUCAAUUCACUACGAACUCAAUCUUCCCCGUGCAACCGACGCUAAGCCGCAGUUCGCUUCAAAAAUUUCCAGUUUCAGAAAUAAGAGGUCAGAAAUAGAUGAGUCUGUAAAACUUUCUGAGCGUUUUAUUUUAUGGGUUGGGAAAAUGGUUGCCCUGUUGCUGCAAAUGUCUCCUCGCCCAAGCUUGACAAUCUCUGGGGCCGACGAUUCGGUAUUGAAUGAUACCCAAAAGAGAAAGUCGCCUUUCGCCACAACUGUUCGCUAUUCGCCAAAGCCUUGAAGCAUCCCUUUUCUAAUUUUUUUUAUCCUCCCUCUGUUGUUAUCCUCAGAUAAAUAUAUUGUUAAAGAUGGUGAACCAUCAGAUUGCGAGUUGGAAUAUCUGUCCAAGGAACUUGGAGUGAACUGGGAGGAAUUAGGAAGACGCCUGAAAUUCAACCAAGCUGCCUUAACUAACUUUGAUGAAGCCAAUACGGGGCUGGCAAAGAAGGCUUUUAAAAUGUUAAUGGCUUGGAAACAAAAAAGAAGGCUGCGAAGCCACUUACGCAGUUUUGUACAGUGCCUUGUGUCAUGAACUGGUGGAAUGUAAGCGUCUAGCAGAACAGUUUUGUUGCCGGUAGAGAUCGUAGGCAGUGCCUCUCCGUAGUCUUAUAUUAUAAAGACUGAGUCGUUUCUCUCACAUGUCUUUGUGAGUACUCCAAAGAGCGUCUGCGUCGAACAUUCGCGCUUAGUAGGCCGUUCAUUUUGACUUGUGCUUGAAGAUAAGGGGAAAAUUAGCUUUAGAGAAUAUAUAUUUACUCGUAUUUUCGAAUCAAGAACUGCUGGCUAAAGAGCAUUGAGGUCGGCAUUCACUCGAAUGUCCAGAGCAUGUUAAGCACAUUACCACCCUGAAGCAUCUCAUUUAAUAUCUCACAGCUUUGCACAAAUUUUUUGAUCCUGAGCUUUUGUUUUGUUCUUGAAAAGUUUGAAAGGUCAAUAACAAUCAAAUACAC